AUGCACCUCCAUUUCGAUGCGUGUUCAGUGUCACCUGAUCUCGACAACGACUGCUUCCUCAGGAGAGGUCGGUCGCAGAGGUUGCCUCUGUUCGACGCAAUAAUCAACAGGGACUUCGAGAAAGUCAUGACGUCAUGCAUUCUUCUCGCUGACGUCAAUGCAGUCGAUCACCAAAAGAACACACCGCUGUUGCGUGCCUUGAAGGAUUCAGAGGUGUGUUGGGACAUCGUUGAAGUUCUGCUGCAAUGUGGUGCCAAAAUCAAGCUGGAUUCGGACAACGAGGUGUCGCCCGUCGACCUCAUGCCAGAGCUGCAACGACUGCAGGCGUUCAUCGUCACGUACUUGGUGCAGGUGGCUUGCAGGUGGAGCAACGGCAGAAAGGAGCUGUCGCCUCCGUUCGUUUCCGGCAGAAAGGCUGCGAACAUUAGAAGGGAUGGCUGCGAUAUUCGCGACAGACCCAGCCGUCCACGAAUGCUGGCCAGUCGGUCAUUUUUUACAAGAAAAUUCAAAAACAAACCCGAAGAUGUCAGAUCUGAAGAGAUGGACGGAGUUAAGGCCUUGAGCAUUUUGUCCCAAAUGGCCACUAACGACGAGUGCUCGUUGCCCAUAAUCACCGCCUUACUUAGCGAAGUAGAGGUGAUCACGAAGAUUGCGGCCAAGCGACAAAACGAUAAAGUGUACCAGAUUCUUCUUUCCUCGCUGCUGGCCCAAAUCCUGAUGGCUUCUGGAAAAACAAGCGGCAGUUCAAAACGAGGAACGGGACACUUGGCAGACGUCGUCGUCAAGGUUGUCGAAUUUGCGUCCAACAUUCUUGGCCGCACACAUAACUGCAUGGAAUUUGCUGCUCUCUACAUUCUCAGCAAGGUCGGUUGGUGUCAUUUGCAACAUGAGGAUGUCUGA